AUGUGGAUCAAGAUCAUCGAAUCCUACCGCCACCAGCACAUUAUUUGUAACAAGAACGCCCAACAGUGGCAAGCGAACUCUACGUCCAAACCAGAAACGCCGGACUCUACACCACAAACUCGGUACUCGUUCAUGAUGGGCGACUUCCGGACCGAGAAGAGCAGUCCGCGGCGAAAUGGAACUCGGUCCGAUUCACCUGACUCUGGACAGCUGAAACGGAAGCGCGAGCUCCUCGAUGAAGGACCAGAAGAAAUGCACAAGCGACAAGAGGUGGUAGACUCUCGUCCAGAGGACGUCGACCACAAUGAUCACGGUGCAGCCAAUGCAGCCUUCAGGAGUUACCAGGAGCUGUCUUUGCUCAGCCCUCGGAAGGCUAAAAACGCGGUUGAAAAGUUUGCGAGGGACAUAGGCGCAGGCCUGAGGUCGUAUGUAUCAGACCUGAACAAGGACGCGGGCCGCAACAGGCGAAAGGAGAAGGUGGCUGAGAGGAAAAGCAUAGGGUAA